AUGCCAGAACAAGUGGUGAAGGUGCCUCGGAGUGCGUCCCCGGUGGCCAGGGCAGGAGCUGGCGACAUCUCUGAGCGAGAACUGUCGAGAGAAAGACAUAAUUUACAGUUGCAGACCACUCCGCCUGCUCGCGUGCAACCAGCUCAUCCGAAGAAGCAGCUGUUCUCAGCUCCCGUGAACAAGUUUACAGCCAAAUGGUGCGGCCCCAGUCCCAACCUGGAAAGGAUCCGAAGCUGUCUGGAUGCCUACGCCAACCAGGAGACUCCUACAAGGUCUGUCGCCAAGACUAAGGCGGCUUCCAUGGAAGAUCUGACGCCUACUAAACGGAUUCGCAUUGACAGGAGGAACUUGCUGCCGGUGCUUGCGUCUCCGAGUGUGCAUGGUCCUGCUGAGGAGGCGGCGGCCGCCAAGAUCUGCCAGUUCAUGCUGGUGGCUGCUUGGAGGCGGCGGCGUGAGGACGUCAGGUGUCUUCGCAAGACUUUGGAAACACAGGUGUCAUAUUCGGAACGGCUGCGGAUUCAAAUUUCUGCUCUGAAGUCCCUGCUAGAUUCUGACAACUCAAAAGUAAGGUUGGCGAUGCGAGAGCUGGAACGACUGAAGCAGCUGCUCAGGGACAAGGAGUUAGAAAAGGCUGUACUGGAACGAGAAAAAUUGGCUCUGGAAGAUGAUGUAUGUGCUGCUGAAGACCGCGCUUCUGAAAUGAGUAUUGGGUGGCGUAACUGCCGCAACGAGUUGGACGGCGUGCGCGCAGCCGCGGCCGUAAGCGAGCACGCGCUUGCACUGGAGCGCGCCGCGCACACCGACACGCUCGCCUCCAGAGAUGAUGCUUAUGAUAGGUUGGCGAUACUAGAGGAGGACCUGGCGCAGCACGAGGAGUUGCUGGCGUCAGCGGAGGCCGAGGUGGCCGCGCUGCGCCGGGAGACUGACGAGAAGCAGAGACUCCUCGAUGCCACGAUUGAGAAGCUCGCGUAUGAGGAGGAGGCUAGGUCGCAAUGUUCCCGCGAGUGCGCGGAGCUGACGGCGCGCGUGAGUGCGGCGGCGGACGAGACGGGCGCGCUGCGCGGCGACCUCGCCGCCCUGCGCGGGGAGCUCGCGCGCCUGCAGCACGACCUCGCCGUCACUAAGGAGCAGCUCGACUGGUGGCCACGACCACUCACCAAGAUGCUGGGUGCAGCGCGGUCAUGGUUUCGCAACCCCAAGGCUGUGCCAGAAGCCAUAAUAUGGACGCUCAUACCAGCACGACAUGGUAUACCAUAG